ACGUUGCAGACGUCACGUACCGAGUUUGUGUUACGAGAGCCGUGUUUGCUUUUGUUCCACGUGACAGGGUCAGGCUUUACUUUGAUAGCGAGAAGCGGAAAGGAUCGUAGGAAUCUGAACCUGCACUUUGAAAAAACAUGGACAGUGACUCGGCACAAGUAGGCGCGAGGGGUUCUGGGGUAUUAGAGAUAGUGCAUUCUUAGCCCUCCACGUUGUCGAUAAGGAUGGCCUAUAAAAGCAUCCUGCAAACUCGGGUCCAGCAUUAGUCUCUUGGUUCACUCAGUUCCGACUAGAAACCAGCAAUAUGCAGUGUUCGACUCUUGCUCUGACGUUCGUCUUCACCCUGGCUCUCGGCGCGUGUCGAAGCUCUCCGGUGCCCUCGCAACCAGGUGCUCCCAGCCCCGUAUCUGUGAACGAAUUGAUAACCAAGGCUCAAACCGACAUCGCGAAGCUUGGUACCGACCUCCACGAGGUCCUGAUUCGCCCCAACCAUGACGCCGUUGUCAAAGCUCUGAAGGAGCGCAGCUCGGGCUUCGUCACCAACGUCCAGAGCUACAUCGAACAGAUGUCCAAGGAUUUGAAGGUCAAGGGUCCUGAGAUUGGAAAGAUGUGGGACGGCUUCAAGAUGUCACUGACCAAGGCCACGGAAGACAUAUCAGCUCAGAUUCCAGUCGCCAAGGAUCAAAUUUCCAAACUUGAGUCGAAAUUCCUCGAAGGAAUGGGCGCUAUAGUGAAACAGUCGGAAUUGGUUAUGGAGACUGUCAGGACGGACGCCGAGCCAAUCAAGCAAGAUAUUUCCAAUCUGGCGAAGAAGGCGGUUGAGAUUACGGUCGAAGCCACCAAGGAGCUCAAAACCCAGAUUGAAGAGAAAUUAUCGAAGCAUGAAUCGUAGGUUAGAAGUCAUACGACGAUAUUCGAUCCUAAACCUCGUUGAACAUGAAUGGAUAAUUUGAGAAAUUCACAAAGAGCAUAUCCUGUUUUCUCGCUAUUGAUCAGUUAUCAGGUUCACAUGCACCCUUCAGCAAAUUGAAUAUUUUCUUAUUUUAUUCUUUGAUAAAAGUUUUCAUAGCUGUGAUUAUCGAUCAAGUUUCACGAAUAAACUGUAAUCUAAUGCAUUUUGAAUUUAAUAAAUACCUCUUACCUUUCGAGUAUACCGAAAGCCUUGUUCCGCCACUUUAUGACCACCAACGACAUUGAUACAUGUAACAAUUCGAUGUAACCUCUUUUAUACACGUACAGUUUUCCAAUUUUUUCGAAUGCUCCAGAUAUACUGUGUAAUAAACAGAGAAUGAAACUUCUUUUGAAAGUCUCUCUGUCAAUAAAUAAUGCAUCAUGACGUGAAACCACGUUUAAUUUUUAA